AAGCGUGAGGGUAGGAAUCAGCAGAGGGAGAAAAAGUCACAGAAAACAAAGAUUUGAGCAGAGAGGAUAUGGAUCUGUUCAGGCCAACCUGCAUGGCAGCUGUUAAGGAAGAUCACUUAGCAGGAUUAAAUGUGCCUAAAUUGACACAUUAACACUCAUCAUGUCUGACAUACAGGCCAACCAAAGGAAACCAUCCACCAACAACAACAUCAGAAAGCUGCGCACUAUUAGCAAGGUGUGCAGCCUGACGGGCAGCUGGCAGCAGUGGGUCACGGAGAACGAGAAGAAGCAGGCCAGUGAACCCAGCGGCUGGGCUCCAUCUUCGCUUGGGGAACCAGUGGGAGAACCCAAAAAGACAUGGGAACCUAAGAAGCCUCCUCCCAUUCAGAUCAAAUCAACAGCAACAGAAGCUUCUCAAAAUCACAUAAUCAGAUCUGGAGAGGUUCAAAAGACUCCUCACAAGAAGACCACCAAGACUGAGGAGGUCAAGACUCCAGCUGAGCCACCAUCUCGCAUCAUGGUAACGCAAGGGGUGAAGCCGGUGACUGGCGGGGUUCAGGAGAAAUAUGCUGGCAUUGGGCUCACAACCGAGAGGAUCAAGAAGGAGUCUCUGCCAUCGGAGGAGGAGAUUGACCGGCUUCUGAAAAAGAAAAGCUCGCCUACCCGCCGCAGAAAAUGCUCUAACAUGGUAUCAUCUCUGACCAAAAGCUGGAAGCAGGUGGAGAAAGAGCAGAAGCUUAAAAAAGAGGCAGGAGGACAAGGAGAGGGACGCACCUGUGGUGGUGAGGAAGACGUCAGUGGACUCCAUGAGGCAGAGAAGAAGAGACUGGACAUAGAUGAUCUUCAAACACACAGGACAAGCUUUGUGAAAGAAGCCGAGCAAGACGACUCUGAAGGGGAGUCUGAGUCAGCAUUGAGGAUUAAAAGACCCCCGGUCCCAAUGUACAAAAAGGAAGCUAGGGAUGUCAACAAGAUCAACGCCCUCUCCAAGAAAUAUAGCACUGUGGGAAACCUCAAGAGCCGUUGGCAGAACUGGGCCUCAGAGCACAACGUUAACCAGAAACUGAACCCCUUCAGUGAAUAUUUCGACUAUGAUUACUCCAUGUCCCUCCGCCUCCAGAAGGGCGAAGAGGGUUACGGUCGCCCCAAGGAGGGAACCAAAACAGCAGAGAGAGCCAAACGUGCCGAGCAACACAUCCACCGUGAGAUAGCCGACAUGUGUUACGUGAUCAGGACUAUGGCUGAUCCGGAUCCAGACGGAGAGAUCCGCGUCACGUUUGGACAGCUGUUUGACAGAUAUGUUCGGAUCUCUGAUAAGGUGGUGGGGAUUCUGAUGAGGGCCAGGAAACACGGGAAGGUGGCGUUUGAAGGGGAGAUGCUCUGGCAAGGCCAGGAUGAUAAAGUGGUCAUUACUCUGCUGGUGUGAUGUUAACACCUAGGUCAAAGUUGAAAUAGAUAUCCUCUUACAACUACUUGUGAAUUAACCUUAGUCUUUGUCAAGCAGGGCUAAAAGCAGGAUUUAAAAGACAAUUUGACUUGGGUCUAUUUAGUGGACACUUGUAGAACAAUAUCAAAGGAAUAUAAAGACGGAGUGGAGUGGGAUUAUCCAAAGAAUAUUCUGAUGCUAUUAUUGUACUCUUUCGUUCUGUGUGGUGUAUGUUUGAGUUGUAGCUGUCAUUCACAAAUCUGCUAUCUUUAAAGUUCUAGAUGCUAGCUGCUUAAGUUUCCAUUCAGGGUUUGUUCUCAUGCAUGUCUCCUUUUCACUUUCUUUAUGGUUUAUAGUAUAUUAAUGAGAUACUUUAUUUUCUAUUAAUGUACCAAAUAAGCAGCAGCUUUGCAGUACAGUGCAGUGCAGUAACACAGAUUGGGUUUCAUUGCCUGAAUACCUGCAGCUCAGCAGUCAUUAUACUGCACCGGGCACAAUGCAGAAACACAAAGCACACCACAGCACUUUUAAAUUACAUGGCCUGUUAGACUAAGUCUGUAAUGAUUAAUGUGAAGGGGGGUCUAUGACUGUCUGGGGAAAAAGAAAAAAACUUUUCUUUUCACAUCCAUUUUUUUUGUCUUAAUAGAAUCCAUCAGAGUUUGUUGAAUCAUACAGAAAGAAUGUUAGCAUGUCAUUUUAGUGUUUGACAAAUAAGGCAAACUGUUCUUUUUAAAAACAAUUUCAGCAGAAAUCAUGCGAAUUCAGCAAUUAUCAAAAUUUUUCAUAUAGGAAUUUGCUUGCACUCUCAUUAAAGUACAGUAAAGCUCUUAUAAAUCUACAGUAUCUAGUAGAAACCAAAUCAACAUCAAAGUUAUGAUUUUGUUGCAGCAGAAACAAGUUGUGAGCACAACACUGACACAAAAUCAACUUUUAAGUUGACAUGGUGAACGUGUUUUAUGAACAGUUCCUUAUUCACACAUUCAGCAGAUUUGGUGCAACCUUAUACUUCUUUGGGUGUUGUGUUCACCUGAUUGUGUCUCUUUUGGCUCUGUUUUUGGUUUCUACCAAAACUUGAACAAAAUAGGUGUCUGUUUAGCUGCUAAAUGCUUGUCUCUAACUGUGUCUGUCUGCUAUUUGGUGCUGAGCAGGUAGUGUUGCAGUGAGUUUUUCCUCUGAAAACAGCUCUCUGACGCUAUGAGAGAGUUGAGAGUGGCAAUGAGCUGAAACAUAUCAUAAAGCUCUGUAAAGCUAAGGCGAGCUGCAAAUUCAGGUGACAAUGUCUGAUUUACUCGGAUCACUGUGACAUCAUUGUUUUCACAUUGCCGUCUGGUAUUUUGUUAUAAGCAUGCUUAAAAAGCGUUAAUAUGUAUCUCUACAUGUGCAGGGGUGUAGUUUUUCUCAUGCUUGUGCAGGCACUCCUGUUUCAGGAUAGGAUU